AUGGUGACAAAGAAGAACAAGAAAAGCACAGCAAACAAAAAGUCCAAAGCUGUCAAGACCGAGAAGGUCGCUGCAGCAGCAGCAGCAGCUGAGAAGGAACCAGUCGAUGAGCCACAAGGAGACAUGUUCACGCCGUCGCAACUGGCAGGUCUCAUCAUGCUUGGCGUUGGUGCCAUGAAGCUCUACGAACUAUGGAAUGCUUACGAUGAAGGAACUUCUGAGGACGGAUAUUGGUGUAUGGCUUAUCUGAAUGAUGAAGUUACAUGUUCGCAUCCAAGUUUCCCUUCGAUGAUCCUUGCCAAGUUCUACUCAAGUGUGAAUCUUUGGGUGUUGACGUGUAUCAUGAUCAUGGUCGUCUGGAACUCUGAGACUUAUUUCUCCAAGUUGACGACCUGUCUAUGUAUGAGCCCACUGUCUACGACAAUUCUUGGAAUCACCAUGUCACAGGGAGAUCUUGUUAGUGGCAAAUACAUUUCCAUGAUGCUCAUUUGCUUUGCCCUGCUUUGUACCUGUGUCCCCAAUAGCCGGGAAAAGAUUCCUUUCUUGAGCGACAAGCCAUUGAGUUUGACUUCGCAGCCAUCCAUGUGUCUCAUGGCCUUGUUUGCUGUGUCCAUGUUUGAUGUGGUCCGAUUGAGUGGUGGAGAAUUUGGCCGUGAGAACGCCCUUCUCGAGACUGCUACUUUGUUACCAGAAAAGGCCAAGAUUUUGGUCAAUUUUUGGUGCUUGGACAAGUUGAGCAUGGCUCUUAUCUACCUGUUUGCUCUGUACCAUUUCCCUUUGGGCAUUCAAGCCAAUUUCUUGUUUCUUGUUUCUGGCAUGAAGCUGUUGGAAGGAAUUGUGCAAAUGUCCAUGAUGUCCGAGCCAUUUCAAAACGGAGGAUUGUACCAAGCCAUUACGGUGGCGACUGGAAUCUUUGCUGCCGUAGCUUCCAUGUCCCCAACCAAGACCAAGGCCGAAUAA